AGCGCCCCUUCCACCCGAAAGAACCCUCCCACUCCUCCGAGUUCCGACCUUCUCCAGUGCUAACGCUCUUCUUCCCUCCCUCCCGCCGCCGCCGCCGCCGCCGCCGAGGAAGACACUAGCCAUAGCAAGCAAGUGCGAGGAGGAGCCGGCGUAGCCAUAGAUGGCGAACAAGCGUCAGCGGGAGGCGCGGAAGCGCUUUCGGGAGGCGAACCCAGGCCUAUUCCCUCCGCAGCCCGCCCCUUCUGCCGACGGCGCCAAAAAGAAGAGCAAGAAGAACAAGAAGAGCAUGUUCAAGAAGCCCAAGAAGGGCGGCACGGGGAGGUUUAAGCACCCGCUGCGGGUUCCAGGGAUGCGCCCCGGGGAACGCUGCUUCAUCUGCAAGUCCACCGACCACGUCGCCAAGGCUUGCCCCGAGAAGGCCCUCUGGGACAAGAACAAGAUUUGCUUGCUUUGCAGGGAGCGGGGCCAUAGUCUGAAGAACUGCCCUGAUAAAAGCGAGGGAAAUUUGAAGAAAUUUUGCUAUAACUGUGGUGAAUCUGGACACUCUCUAUCCAAGUGCCCCAAGCCCAUUGAAAAUGGGGGUACGAAUUUUGCAAGCUGUUUUAUCUGCAAACAGCAAGGACAUUUGAGCAAGAACUGCCCUGAAAACAAACAUGGCAUCUAUCCAAAGGGUGGUUGUUGUAAGGAAUGUGGAGAAGUUACCCACUUGGCCAGACAUUGUCCGAAUAAAGGGAAACAAGAUUUGAUAUCCUCCAGAGAUGAUGAUUACAACAUGGAAGAGCACAAUCAGGAAGGUCCUGCCGUUCACCAUGGUGGAGAUGACCUUGAGGAUGAUUUUGUUGAUGACGAAGAACCAAAACCCGCGAACUCGGCGUCGGGGAUGGCCGUGAGCGACGAGUGCAAGCUCAAGUUCCAGGAGCUCAAGUCGAAGCGGAGCUUCCGGUUCAUCACGUUCAAGAUCAACGAGCAGACGCAGCAGGUGGUGGUGGACAGGCUGGGGCAGCCCGGCGACAGCUACGACGACUUCACCGGCUCCAUGCCCGACAGCGAGUGCCGCUACGCCGUCUUCGACUUCGACUUCACCACCGACGAGAACUGCCAGAAGAGCAAGAUCUUCUUCAUCUCCUGGUCCCCGGACACCUCGAAGGUGAGGAGCAAGAUGCUGUACGCGAGCUCCAAGGACCGGUUCAAGAGGGAGCUGGACGGCAUCCAGGUGGAGCUGCAGGCCACCGACCCCAGCGAGAUGAGCAUGGACAUCGUCAAGGCGCGAGCUCUCUGAGUCCAUCUCAAGACGAGACGCGCAGGCGCAGCGCCGCUCGCGCGAUCGACAUGCAUGCCCCCCGGACCGGAACAGUGUGUUGUCUUGCAUCGACCGGCCGGCGAUGGCCUCUGCCUGCCUGCCUGCAUGCAUGCAUGUACCCGUGUGCCGUUUUUGCACCACCGCCGGUGGUGCCAGCGUACUCUUACUCCAUGUAAACUACUCGAUCUAGACCAUUUUUCUUCUGCGUCCAAGAUUUAGACGACGGCAUAUAUGUCGAUGAUCCUUUCUUUUGUUGCCGAGGGUACAAUGUAUAUGUCUUCCACUGCUCCGUGGGUAUGGUGUCACGCCCAUUUUUGGUAUGCGGACUGUGUGCGUACAACAUUACAGUACAGCGCGUGUUGAGAACAAUCAGUGUUGUCGGUGACUCUAGGGAACAAUAUAUAUAUGGCCAUAUGGGAACGACAAA